UGGUCACCUCAGUCGCUGAACUGUGGUCAAGUUACGCGCAACAUAAGACGCAAAAAUGCUGCCAAAGAGUCAAGCUUUGAGUGUGAUCUGUCUGCUGCUGGUCGUACUGCUGGGGGAUCACACCACAGUAGCUCAAAAUGAUGUUCUACAGGCCUGCAAUUUAAGCACAAGUGUUGCUUUGGAAUUGGAUAAGUUUGCUGGCAUUUGGUGGGAGGUUGCCCGUCUGCCAUCCACCACUUAUUUCUGCACUGAGGUUAACUUCACCGUGUUGGAUCAGCCCAAUGACAAUGUGCAGAUUGACACAACCUAUGGCGUGUCCCCGGACUAUCCGUGGGUCAAUCAGACGAUGAAUGCCACCCUCACAGUGCCGAAUGAAACCGAGGCACCAGAUGGCUACAAUUUUACGUACUGGAAUCCGCCCAACUACUCCCCCUACACCGUGUUCAAGGUUCUGUAUACUGACUACACAGACUUUGCCUUCAUCUGCGGCUACACCAAUGCCACCGAUAAUUCGACCUCGUUUGGUGUGAUCCUCACCAGGGAUCGCACACCGACCACCGAUACGCUGAACAAACUGGAGGGCAAUGCUUCGAUUCGGUUUCCCUUUAACUUCUUGAACGGCAGCAUGUCGGCGAUCACUCAGGGUGAAACGUGCUAUGCCCCCAGCAGUGCCAAUCCCCUGACGAUGAUCUCCGUUUUCUUGUUGGCUGUGACUGGACUUCUGUGGCUGCUGGAUGCUCGUCAUUGAAUAUUAUUUAAACUCUCGUUUUGUUCAAGUGAAAAUAUUAGAUUAUGUGUGAUUGGAUUGAAGCGUUGUUCAACACUUGAUAGACAAUAAAGAGCAGCAGAGUGAUUCUGAA